CACACGCACUAUAAGUAUUAUCGCAAAGUAGUCGAGCUAUUUCAUGUCCAGUCACAUUCUUAUCCUUUAACACUAAAGUUUUCUUUGUUACUUCUUCUUGAUCAAGAUAUAUUUCCAUCUUUUUAGCAAACCUUGGUUACACUUAUAGCUAGUUUUAGUGUGGUGAUAAUGGAUAACGUAAUCGCCAUGCAAGAGACCCGAUAUAACUACGGAUUAAGUACCUACAAGAAGCCAUUUCUUCAAUUUCUUGAUCGCCUUUCGUUUUCUAUUCUCGUAGUUGUUUUUUGCGUUAUAGUAUUUUUUAGCCCGCUUUGGCUUCAAGUUGUUAACAGUUUCUUGUUCACCAUCCCUAGAGUUAUUACAUACUACAUCUUAAACCCUAAGGUUUUAUUCAUUCUGACAAAUGUCAUUGUGAUCACCCUCAUCGGAGAAUCAAGGAUGUCUAGUUCAAGAUCUUCUCUUCCAGCUAGCGAGUUAUGCAAAGAAUUCAGUGUGAGAAGCCAAUUUUGUGACACGUGGUCUCAUGGGAACGUGAGGGUAGAAAUGGGAUGUCAACGAUUUUCGAAAGAGAAUAGUCAUCGACCGAGGCUCGACGAGGGUAAGAGAUGGAAGCUUAGUCCGUUGCACGAUAUGGAUCCAUUGAACCAGAGGGCUGAUGAUCUGAUCGCCCGUGUGAACAGACAGAGGAGGCUUGAAAUUGGGUUUUUACAUCAUAGGCGGUAGCCGUAUAUCAUAACAAUACAUGGACAAAUGUGGAGAUAAAGCAUUUCGUGUUACCAAACCAAUAUAAUAUAAUAACAAAAUGCAACCUUUUUCUAAACAAAGUUAUAAUUUUGACGAGGUACCUAGCUAUAUGCAUGAUUCAUUGGUAUUGUAUUGGUAUGCGUAAUGUACAUGUGUAGUAAUGAUUAUAUGUGAAUGGAUAUGAUUCGUGAGACUACAUAAGUAUCUCGUUGAAAAGUAUAUGGUAAGAACAUGAUUAGACUAGAGACCGACGUUUUAUUUGUGUCG